ACGCGACCUUGGCACGACUGAGCAGGGCGGCCUUCUACAGCUCUCGUUGCGAUCAUCGUCUACGUCUCCUUGAACAGCACUGCACUCUUCCAUGGACAAUUCGCACAUCACAUAGACAUCGUCUCGCAUCUGCCGCGAUGUCUGCGCCGCCCCUCCGCCUUCUCGACCUGCCCUACGAUGUCCUGUUGCACAGCCUCCUACCUCUCCUUGCGGCUCAAGACCUGGCCAAGCUACGUCUAGUCAACAAAGAGGUCAAGUCGCUGGUAGAUGAUGAGCAUAUAUGGAAGGGCAUGAUCCAGCAGGAUUUCAACUUCCCUGCUCACGCCAGCAGCCGGCGAUCUGGCUGGCAGACCCUAUACCGCGGUUUGUCUAGGCCUACCGUCUUCGUGUGGGGACAAUACAGCAACGCUCGGCUAGGAAUUCCACCAGAAGAGCUAAAAGAUGAGCUUCAACAGUUCAUCAGCAGAUAUGGCGGCGCGACCUUCCCUCUGAAGCUACCCUACAAUCUGCAGGCACAGGAAGCAGGGCCGCCAGUGGAGAUUGUAGCAGGAGGCUGGAGCUUCCACUGCCUCACCGCAAAGGGGGAGAUUCUGUUUCAUGGUCAGCUUGAUGGCUUUCAGUAUGGAGUGGAGCUGUCGUCUCCAGGCUGCAAAGUCUCGCCUCCCCGGGUCCUGAAGCGAGCGACUAAAGAUCCUGUAAAGGCUCUCUCUUGCGGCCGAGCCCAUGGCGUUGCUCUCACAUCUCAGCAAGACAUACUCGAGUGGCACAAUUGGAGCUUGGCGGUGAAGCACGAGCGACUCAUACAAUUAGCGAGUCAGUAUCCCACCCGGAUCGUACAGCUCGAAGCCGGCUGGGAUUGUACCGCGGUCCUGCUGCACUCUCUAGACGCAGAGUCAGUGAAGUCUUCCGAAGUGGUCUGGUGGUAUACCCAGUCGGUCGACAGCGAUAGACUAGCGCAGGAUGGGCGUGAUGGAGAGAACACCACUUGGAGUGGCGUCCAUCGCUCUACACUUCCGCCUCUGCCAGAGGUCUCAGAGGAGGUGGCCGUCGAACUGGAUGAGAUGGACCACAAGAACCACUCAUUGAUUGUCCGUCUCGCAGCUGGAGAGAGCUGGAUCGUCGCCCUUACUGCAUCAGGACUACUUUACAGGAUCGAGCUACGACCCGAGCACCCGAACCAAAAGCAAGAAUGGAUCCUCCUUGAUAAUUUCUGCCUGCCGUCAAAGCUUGCGCAGCUGGACCAUUUUGCAAAGGGUCCAGGGAGCAGCAAAGGGCUGAUCGACAGCAAUCUCAGGAUCACGCACAUCAACGCACAGUUCCGCAACUUCGCCGCUUACACUCCUUCGUCAAAUGCAGAAGGCGGCAUUGUGCUUCUAGGCAACAGCGACAGUGGUGAAGGGUCGCAGCCAAUCAUCAAGCCUGAGCUUCAAGGCGCAGGAGUGAUCAAAGUCUCAAUGGGAGACUGGCACUUUGGAGCGUUGACCACAUCAGGUGAAGUCAUGACCUGGGGCCAAUGGUCAGCCGGCGCCCUAGGUACUUGGGACUCCCUGCAACCAGAUGCUCCCUCACCUCAAGCAGCGCAGGCAGCUCCCACGUUCAGGGGGCGCGGAACAGGACGAGGGCCGGGUCCUGUCGUACCUCGCAUCAACCCCUCGGAGGAUGCACCGCAUCUUCCUGAACCACUUGGUCACAACCCCUUGCCACGCAUCCGAUUGGGCUUAGCUGCUGCUCGUGGAGGAUUCAGAAAUGGCGUGAGGCAACACGUCCACAGUCCGACGCCUACGCAACCUAAUGUGCCGCUCACAAGGGCCUCAGCAGCGUUAGCAAGGAGGUCUGAUCCGUGGGCAAACCGCCUCAAACCUCGCAGAGUACCCCGAUCGAUCGAGGAGCCCACUAUUGUGCGAUUUGACCCCGCGAAGCCGGACAAGGACUUUGUCUUUGACAUUGCGUUUGCUGGCUGGCACUCGGCAGCCAUUGCCAUUCCGGCCGGCCUUGUCAGGGGCACAGGUUCAGCUGAAGGCGACUGCGAGGGCGGGAGCGUGCACGAAGAAGAGGAUGAGGACGAGGUACGUUGAGCAUGUCUGCAGAGUCGACGACGACGAUAGAUUCCUUCCAAAAGGGCUCCCCUACCCUUCCGGCCUCCUCAUCCUUCGGCAUCUUCUCCUCUACAACACCCGCUCCGCGCAGGCGCCAACUCAACGGCUACACAUUCGAUGCUGAUCCGCGCAUACUC